CAAAACACUUUUACCAGUCCCGAAACAAAUUUACAAAUGACAGAUUCUUCACGGAAAGGGAAUGUACCACAUACCGGAAGUGACACGGAAGUGAUGAGCGUGGUCUUUUCGUGUUGUUGUUGUGGAGUUUAUGGCGUCAAAGAAGUUUAUGGUGACCGCCCGAACAUGGACUACGGCCGAGGGAUGUUUUGCCCGUUUUGUGGCAAACACAUGAACAGCUUAAUGCGGUUUUGCUUUACGUGUGGUCGGUGUUUGGAGUUUUUAAAGGACGCGGACCAGACGGAAACACCAGACAUACUGCAUCAUUGCGUUCAAUAUUUUAACGAGGGUCACUCGUACGCUGUAAUCGUGGACAUGAUGUCAAGCCUACACGGUGUAAACAUCAGCUUGAGGACUCUUAAAAGUAAACUGAACGAAGCCGGGUUGUACCGCAGAAAGGAUUAUUCCUUGCCAAACGCCGUGAGUAACGCCAUCAGAUUUGAACUUCGUGGACCUGGACAACUAUUUGGUUACCGCACGAUGUGGCAAGUACUUAAACAAAAGUACAAUCUUCGAUUGAAGAGAGAUGAUGUGAUGAAUUUGCUCCGGGAGCUUAAUCCUCGAGGGUGUGAGAGCAGAGCACGCAGAAGGUUUACAAGAAGAACCUACCACUCAAUGGGACCUAACUAUAUGUGGCACGCAGAUGGUUAUGACUUAAGCCAUUCGGUUUGGCCAUUUCGGGAUGCAUAGAUGGAUUUUCACGUAAAGUAUUGUGGCUUCAAUGUGGACCAACAAAUAAUAACCCAACAGUGAUUGCUCACUAUUUCAUGUCAUGUGUGCGAAACCUCGGUGUCAUCCCCAUGAGACUGAGGACUGAUUGCGGCACUGAGAACGGCAUAAUGGCUGCAAUUCAAUGUACCCUACGCCACCAUCACAGUGACUACUACUCUGGAGCGUCCAGCCACAUGUACGGCUCAUCUAUAAAUAAACAGCGUAUUGAGUCCUGGUGGUCUAUAUUUAGAAAGGGAAGGUCUCAGUUCUGGAUGGAGUUAUUUGCCGACCUUAGAGAUGCCGGAUACUUCAACGGGAGUCAUGAGCAUCAAUGCCUAUUGAGAUAUUGCUUUGGUGAUGUUAUUCAGAAGGACUUGGAUGAGUGUGUGAGACUGUGGAACAGCCACAGGAUUCGCCCUUCCAGAACAGCAGCAUGUCCAGGAGGAGUGCCCAAUGAACUCUACUACUUACCACACAGGUUUGGCUCCAGAGACUGCGGAUUUCAAAGUGAACAAGCUGAACUGGAUGCCCUUCCUGAGGCUAGCCUGUCAAUGACUCCUUGUGGGGACCCAAACAUGCAGGAGUACUUGGACUUUGCCAUGGAACACAAUCAGUUACAGAAGCCAGACAACUGGGAGUCUGCAUCCGAACUGUACAUGAAACUAAAAGAAAUGGCUCAGCUAUGAAAUGAUCAAAAAAGGGAGGUUUUUUUGUAGUGGUGGAAUACUGCUGUCUGUCUGAACACAAUAUUUAUGAAUCUGUCACCCAAAGCUUAAUUGUUUUUAAGUGUGAAGUAAAUUAAUCAAAAAUAGUAAUCAGUAUUUAUUACACUUUUGUAGUAUUGAGAGUAAUGGAUCUAAAACAUUUUCAAAAUGUUUACUGUGAGAAAAGAACAUGCUCACAUACAGUAACAUUAUAAAAACAACUUUGGCAACUGCACUUUAAAAGUGCACCUUUAAUAGGGUUGGGCAUCAAGAACCAAUUCCUACUUGGAAUAGUUACAAAAAUUACGAUUCCAUCGGAAUUGUUUCUUUAUUGGAAUCGUUUUGGAGGAUUGGGUUCCAAAUUUAACAUGCGCAAGUUUUGGUUUCUGUAGCGGCCAGGUGCUUGUUGUGUUGCAGCCAUGGAGCACAGUAAGCGGUGCUCUAGUGUGGCUUUAUUUUACAUUGAAAAAGCCCCGUCAAACUGCAACCCACCUUUGAAUCAAAAUAAAACGUUCCUCUUAUUUGUGAAAUAAGCAUGUGACCCGUUUCAACUCCACCACUCAAAGAAUCGGAAUCGAGAAUCGAUAAGAACCGGAAUCAAAAGGAAGAAUCGGAAUUGGAAUCAGAAUCGUUAAAAUCUAAAUGAUGCCCAACCCUAACCUUUAACAACAACAACUUUUUCAGAGUCUUAACUCUAGGGGUCAUCCAUCAUAUAGCUUAGAAACAGCCGAAUCCUGGACUAUUUUGAAUUCCAAAGUCCAUUUGUGACUUAAACAAAUGUAUUUGCCAUUGGGAACGCAGAGUCCUCCAGGAACUCUAUUUGUGGCAGUGGUUCCAAGCCAGAUGGGGGAAGUGAAGACAGCCCAGUAGCAAACAUCAAAACAUCUUCCACAGACACAGCAGCCUGGCCUUCUGCAAAGAAAAACAAUUCAGAUACAUCACUGCCAUGUGUUUUCUUAACUAGUUAUAAAAAACAAACUAACAAACCUUCACAAUCAAGGAGAUAGUCUGCCCAGUAGGCCAUGGUUUGACUUUCUUUAAGUCUUCGAUUACUCCCCGAAGGACUGAGGUCAGGUUUGAAGAGUCUCUCAAGUUCAAAAGCAGUGAGUCGCCUUUCAGAGUGGCACAUGACAGGGGCCAGCAAAGUAGGGUGUUGCUGUAGUGCAGUCAAAAACUCCAGGGUUGAAAGACCAUCUCUGAAUCUACAGAGUGAACACAAACAUUGUUUCACUGCUGUGUAGUGCCAAUUGAAUUUAAAAUUAUCUAAAGAAAACUAUUAAAUAUUCUCUUCUCUACAA